AUGCCACUAAUAAGUAAAGUAGUAAGUACGGCGCCGGAGCAGAGCCGGGUGCUUACCCGGUCGAUGAGAAGGUCGUUCGAGGGGAAGACCUGUUUGCCACAAACUGGUGGGGAGACGGAGGCGGAGCCCGAGUCUACGGAGGCCGAGCCAGAGAUGUAUGUGGCUGCGUCUGCGGCCCCCAAGGUGCCCAGAAUCACCAACAACCUUCGGGGAGGAGGUGGAGCCCACUUCGUGGGUGCAUCCCGGGCCCGUAAGGAUGCAAAGUGCAUGCAGGAUGACACGUCGGAUUUCGACUCGGACAUGACAAUCGAGGGUGGAAGCUCUCCUCGGCGCCGGUCGUCCAAGGCGUCAAGCGAGGGGAGCUACAAGUCAAAGCCCUCUGCUGAAGCCCUCUGCCAAAAAGCAGAGGAAAAAGCGAACGCCGUUCUGAGAGUGGUGCAGAAACCCGGCAACCUGAAGGGAACAUGUGCUCGGGAUAUCAGGGAGGGGAUGGAUAGCCUCCUUGGAAUCGUCCGAGAAAUCGCGACGUGCACCGCCUCGUCCGAGGUGACGAGGCUAAAGGCCGAUAAUAAACGGCUCCGCGGCCAGAUAAAUAAAUGCAUGGCGGAGCUGCAGGGGCUGAAGCAGCUCCUUGCAGGCCUUGGGCACCGGCUUGAGCCCGCGGAACAGGAGCGGCCAAUGGAAGCUGAAUCGAAUGGCGUCUCUAGGGCAGAACUUAUGCAGGUCAUGGGGGUCCUGCAGCGCGAUCUGCUCCAAGACGUGGGGGCCGACAGCAAGAACAAAGGCACUAAUUCCGAACAGUUACCGAUAGCAUCGCGUCAGUUCGAAUCGCAGCUUUUAAACGGCGAAACACAAGAGAAAUGUCCUACAAAUUGCAUCGUACGUCGAGUCGAGUACAAUGUACAGUUGCAUCGAUAG